AUGGGUUCUCAGCAUCCUCUUCUUGUGUCCCUUGAUUUGAAGGGCAUGGUCCUAAAAAAUGAGGCAAAGUCCUACACAAAGUGGAACAAAGUUAAUAUGAUCACAAGAACACCCAAAAGAAGAAGGAUAUUAAAGAAGAGGGGGACAGGAAGACGCCUCCAAGGUGCAAGAAGGCGCUGCAACGGGAUCCAAAGAAGGGUGAAAACCUUGAAGAGACUGAUCCCAAACACCGAUUCGUCGACGGGGUUGGAUGGACUCUUCAGCGAGACAGCUGAUUACAUCUUGUCCUUGCAAAGUAGAGUAAGGCUCUUGCAAAUUAUGGUUCAGGCAUUGGCACCUGCUUCUCAUCAUGAUGAGUGA